AUAAUUUUACUCAACAUUAGUUUCCUCUUCCGUUUCAGUGUAAAAGUACGGUUUGCGGUUUGUUGCUCUUGUUUACGAUUUUGUAGUCUUUAAAUAUACUUUAAAUAUAUUAAUUAAUCAUGCCUCCAAAAGUUGAUCCAUCAGAAAUCAAAAUCGUUUACCUGCGAGCUGUCGGAGGUGAAGUUGGAGCUACCUCAUCACUUGCUCCAAAAAUCGGUCCUCUCGGUUUAUCACCUAAAAAGGUUGGUGACGAUAUUGCUAAAGCAACCGCCGAAUGGAAGGGACUUAAAGUUACUGUUAAACUGACCAUUCAAAACAGGCAAGCCACUAUUGACGUUGUACCCAGUGCUGCUAGUUUAAUUAUUCGUGCUCUUAAAGAACCACCCAGGGAUCGUAAAAAGGUCAAAAAUGUGAAACACAGCGGUAAUUUAUCUUUUGACGAUAUCCUGACUAUUGCACGAGCCAUGAGGAAUAGAAGUAUGGCUAAACAAUUGGAAGGAACCGUAAAAGAAAUUCUUGGUACAUGUCAGAGUGUAGGUUGCUCUGUAGAAGGAAUGCAUCCACAUACUCUUAUUGAAAAGAUUGAUAACAAAGAAAUGGAAGUGCCACUGGAAUAAGUUUGGUUGAUUCCAUGAAUAGUUUCCGACUGUUUUUCAAAUGUCUAAAUUAAUAAAAAAGAGUAAAAAAAGUGAAA